GAACUGUUGAGAUCGAGUGGGAGGGGUUUGUUGGUGGACUGUGACCUCUGCUUUAUAAACUGGGGCUGGAAGGAAAGAAGGAACACAGCAGCAUCAGACCAGCAGAGCAAAAGAAGCACAUAAUAGAAGAUGAAGAUCAGAAAAGAUGGAGGCAGGUGAAGAGUCUGAAACCCAAUCUCUGACACCAAAUGACGAAGCAGACGAGAUGGAGGAGAGUGCAGCCAAAGCAAAGUUUGAUCCAGUGAAUGAACCAGGUGUAGUUCAACACUCAGAAAAAGAGGAUGAAUGCACAGGAACUGACUUCAAGCCUGUAUCUACAACCAAUGAGAAAGUGAUGCCUGAACUCACACUCAUGUUAAUUGGUGACACAAACUCCAUUGAGAUUGGAUCAAAAAACAUCCUACUUGACCAUGAUGGGCAAGUAAAUGUGGAGCAGUUUUCAGCCAAACUGUAUGAUUUAUGUGGUCGACACAUCUCUGUCAUCAACAUGCUUGGUCUACAACACGUUGACAAAUUCCCAUUAAAUCAGGGAAUUCAUGCCUUUCUCUUGCUGUUGCCAAUUGGUCUGCAUAACAGCCAUUACAGUUCAGGAGUGCAGUGGUUAGAGAAAGCUUUUGGUAAAGGAUCACUUGAUUAUUUAAUGACAGUUGAGACUCAUGACUCAGAUGAAAAAUGUGAAAGUGAACUGACAGACCUGAAAGCCAACAGCAGUUUGGUUGAAAAAAGAUACCACACAUGUACAAGAAGUUUGACGGAUGAAAAAGAAGUACUAGCUCUGUUGGAAAAAAUAGAUGUCAUGGUCUGUGAAAAUGAUCCACACUGCUACAGUGGACUGAUGCAUGAUGAAAAUAAAGAGCAGGAGGAACACCUGCACCACAAAGAAGAUGAAGAAGAAAUGAUAGAUUCCUCAGUGCUUCAGCAGAAUCAAAAAGUAGGACAGAUGGAGGAGAAUGCAUCUGAAACCAACCAACUGAAGAGUGAUCCAGUGAACGAACCAGGAGAUGUUGAACAAUCAGAGAAUGACCAUGAAAACACAAGAGGACGAUCUGAAAUCCACUCUGUACCAUCUGCAACCAAAGAGAAAGGAGAGGCUGAUGAGGUUAAAGAGGUCAACAAUGAAAGCAGCAGUAACAUGACUGAGCGGUCCAUGGAGGAAAGUGAUGCAGUGCAGGACACAAGUCCAACACCUCAGACUGUUUCAACAGUGACCAAUGAAUUGGAUGAGCUGAAGCAAAAUGCAGCUAAAGCAGAGGUAAAGUGUGAUCCGGUGAAUGAACCUGGUGAUGUUGAUCAAUCAGAAAAGAACGAUGACAACACAACAGCUGGAGGAGAACCUGAACUCAAGUCGGACACACCUACAACCAAGAAAAAAAGUACCUUAGAAAUUGGUAUGAGUGGAAACAAGGAUAAGCAGCCAGUGAAGAUUUCUGAAGAGAUCAACAGGGAGGAACAAUAUCAAAGAGGAACUGAAGAACUGCUUGGAAGACUUUACCUUCAAGACAAACAUCAACAGACACCAGCAGAUUUCCUUAAAAUAGGUCCACCUGUGAAACAGGACCAUGACACAUGUGAGAAAGACCUUGCUCAUACUUUUCUUCAGAGGUUGAUGAUGUUAGACUACAGAGCCAGAUAUAUUCCUGUAAGACAAGAUGGUCCUAAGGUGAGCCAGUCAAAGCCUGCUCAAAAGUUUGACGCUGUUGAGACAGAAAAAAGUGACUUAGAUGCUCUUUUGAGCACCACUGUAGAUGCUGAUCACUCAAAACAGACUCGUGUGCAUCCAAUGGAUGUUCAAAUGGCAGUAUUUCACUGCUCAGACAGCUUUUUAAGGCAGGACAUGAUUACAAAGCUAUCACAAUGUCAGUAUGCCUUACCUUUGCUUGUUCCUGACCCAGUCACAAUGGAUAUUGUCUGUCCUCUGUGGACAUUCAGACAGAUAAGAAAAACAUGGAAGAUAACUCAAAUCAGAAAUGGUCCAAACACUGUCACCAUGAAGAGUAUGCCCAUCUGCAAAGCAGAGACGCCAAUGGUGUCAUUUUUUCGUCUUGGUUCACUAUCUCUGUCUAAAUCUCAGUUGAUGAACACUUUGAUCAACAACCGUCACAGCACCUUCUUCCACAGAAACUGCCCAGGUAGCACCAAGUCUUGUCAUCUGAUGGAAGGAGUGGCAGAGAUUGCCUGGUACUGCCCUUCUGGAAAACCCAAUGAUGCCUUCAAUGCCUGCAUUGCCUUCUGUAAUCUUCAUGGUGAUGCUCUCUUCACUGAAAAACAGCGUGACAUUCUGACUGAAAAAUCUUCAGUCAGUGUAGUCCUGGUACCAACUCUGGAAAAAAGCCAGAAUAGUACAAACGUUAUCUUAGCCCUUCUUCAGUCUCCAAAGCCUCUCAUUAUUCUCAUUGCUGAUAAUGAUUGUGGUGCUGUUGAGAUGAAGAUGGGAAAAUACAAAGUGGGUCUAAAGGACAGAAGCCAGUCAGAUGUCUCUGAAGAGCUAAAAGGAAUCAUUGGAGGAAUUUUGUCCCGACCACAAGCAUCCUUCCAGCUCGAAACCAUGACUGAAGUCUCUGGAAUCAGAGUGGAUGAAGAUGACCCAGUCUGCCAAAAAGGGAAAUCUGCUGCUAUGAAAAUAGUACAUUUGAUUCAGGGGAUGGAUGUUUCAAAGGUCAAAGAAACAUUUCUCCCUUGUCAAGGCCAACUGUGGCAUAAGUGGUGCAGAAUAAACAAAGAACUGUAUCACCUUAAAGGACACAUUGAGAAGGAGAAAUGUAAAAAGCAACAGGAACUGAAGCAAAUACGACAACAUCAAUGCACAGCUUCCUGUAGUAAGCUGAUAAAGUUCUUUACAGAAAGCCUCUCAUCUUUGCCAUCAACAGACAAAGAACAUUUCCUGAAAUGGACUCAGAUCUUAAUAGAUGCCCACUCAACAGACGACCUCUCUUUAAUUCUCCAAAGCUAUAACGAAAAGUGGUCUGAGGUAGUGGCGCUGAAGAAUAAGCAUGACAAAUCUGGUCAGCUAAAAAACAAGCAAACUGAGCUCGAACAAAUAUCAGCAAAACUUCAGUCAGCAACGUUUGGCUUGGAGCACAUCUUUAGAGAAAUGGGACAGAUCUAUGAAGCCCAUGCAUUUCUGAAACAAAAAAAUAGUGGACAGACUGACUGGUCUAAAUACCCUGAUCUGGCUGCAGAGCUGAUGAUAUCAGGAUACCCAAUGGAGCUGAUGAAUGGCGAUGCAGGUCAUGUGCCAUUAACAUGGAUCUCCAGUCUUUUAGAUGAAGUCAUCAAGAAACUGGGCAACAAGAGAGUUUUCGUUCUCUCAGUUUUGGGUGUACAAAGCAGUGGCAAAUCAACAAUGCUGAAUGCCAUGUUUGGUUUACAGUUUGCAGUGAGUGCUGGUAGGUGCACCAAGGGUGCCUUCAUGCAGCUGGUCAAAAUGUCAGAGGAGAUCAAGAAAGACUUUAAGUUUGACUACAUUCUAGUGGUGGACACUGAAGGACUGCGUGCUCUUGAGUUGGCAAAUGACGACAUUCUUCACCACGACAAUGAACUAGCAACAUUUGUUGUUGGUCUGGGAAACAUGACAUUGAUCAAUAUCUUUGGGGAGAAUCCUGCUGAGAUGCAAGAUGUUCUGCAGAUUGUUGUUCAGGCGUUCAUGAGGAUGAAGAAAGUUAAACUUUCUCCAAGUUGUGUAUUUGUACAUCAGAAUGUUACAGAUAUUUCAGCCCCUGAGAAAAACAUGGAUGGUAAGAGACGGCUGCAAGAAAAACUGGACCAGAUGGCCAAACUAGCGGCAAAAGAGGAGGUCUGUGAUGCUGCGUGCUUCAGUGACAUCAUUGCAUUUGAUGUACAAAAAGAUGUGAAAUACUUCGCACAACUAUGGGAGGGAAGUCCACCUAUGGCUCCCCCAAAUCCAGGUUAUAGUGAGAGCAUCCAAGAGCUGAAGAACUUCAUCCUCUCUAAAGCUUCACAGUCUGCUGGAAUCACUUUCUCACAGUUCAAAAGCAAAAUUUUGGACCUGUGGAAUGCCCUGUUGAACGAAAACUUUGUUUUCAGUUUCAAAAACACACAAGAAAUUGCAGUGUACAGAAAACUUGAGGUCCAGUAUGGGAACUGGACCUGGGCCCUGAGAAGCAACAUGUUGACCAUUGAAAAUCAGCUUUAUGUCAGGAUAGAAAAUGGAAAACUUGACAAGGUUGAGCCCAGGUAUGUUCACCUGGAAAUGAGCAAAACAUAUGAAAAGAUCAAAGAAGAUAUGACAGCUUACUUUGAUGACGACAGAAAUAAAGAAAUUCUGGUUCAGUGGCGAGGCCGAUUUGAAAGCAAAAUCAAGGAGUUUUAUGAUGAACAAGUGAGAGGGGCUAAAAGAAAACUGGACGAAGUUAUCCAGCAGAAGAAUGCUCGUAAAAAGCUUGAUGAGAAAAAGACAGAGUUUGAGAACAAGCUGCUAGAAAAGAGUAAAGAGCUCGCUCAUCAGUUAAAAGACAAGGCAAACGAUGAAGAGGAACUUGAAAAGCAGUUCAACUCUGUUUGGAGAGGCUGGGUUGAUGAAUUGACUGCAGACACGAAUUCUAUUAAAGACAUCAGCUAUGAAGAAGAUCAGUCAGAUAUCCUUCAAGACCUUGGUUUUGAAUGGUCUCUCAUAGCUGAAUCCAAAAGCAGUGGCAGAUAUAUCAAAAUAUCAGAAGUCGGAGAUUACUCUGAUUAUGUAACUCUCCCAAAAUACCAACAUCCCUGUGACACAGGCCAACAAUCCCAGGAUGAUAAGAACGAAAACAAGAAGCCAAAAGUGGAAGGAGGAUCUUCAUUAUGGGUGUCUUUUAAAAAUUUUUGGGGAUUUCGGUCAACACAACAAAACAAAAAACGUACAUCAAGUAGUUCUUUACCAUAUGAGGAGCAGCAACUGAUCAGAUCUGUCAUUGAUGAUGUUGAAAAACAGUCCCUUGGUGCAAUUAAGAGCAAACCUGUAGCUGCAAGAGGCUACAGUCAAACUUACUUGCAAGAAGUGGGUAACAAUGUAAAAGCAAAAGUGACAGAAUUUGAAUCAAAGUGGAAUUAUGCUCUGAAGAAAGAGUUUAUGGUUGAUCUCUUACUGUAUGUAUUUGACAGAGCAGAAAGUUGGCUUUCAGAGUCCCACAAGAAAUUCAAAAUGAAGAACGAUGCACUCACUUAUCUGGAAAGCAAGAAAAUGCAAUAUUACAACAUUUUCAGAAGCUUCUGCAAAGGAAACUCAUCUGCUGUUGUGCUUGGAGAACUGAUCUGUGAAAAACUCAAGAGUUCCACUGUUGAGGCUGUCUGUAAUAAGACUGCCAUUGAUCUCGCUGGAGAGAUGAAGUGCAAUUUCCCAGCAUUCAGUGGGAACAGACUAAACUUGGAGAAACACGUGUUGAAGUCACUGGCAGAGACAGAGGACUUUGAUGGUUUUCUCACCUACAUCCAACACCCGAAGACUCAAGUAAAGACUUUCAUAAAAGAGGAAGUAACAAAAUACAUCUUCACAAAGAACAAAGCUAAAGCAAAUGAAAUACUCAAGAAAAAUGUUGAAGACAUCAAUAAGCUGGUGAUUCAAGCUUUAUUUACAGCAACAGAGAAAGCCAAUACCUGGGGAGGAAACACAGACAUGUGGGUGGAGGAAUUUUCCAGUUUGCUAAAAGAUGAGCUAACAUUUGGCACCAUUUGUUGUCAAAACUUACAUGACAUAAACAAUUUUGACUUUCUUAAAGAAGAGAUAAAUAAAGGCCUUGAAUCCAUCAUGGAAGAGAUGAGCAACCUGUCACUGGACAAAAUGAAGGAAUUCAGGCUGAAGCCAGAUCAAAUCCUCAUUGAUCAGCUGUGCAAGUGCUGCUGGGUAACGUGUCCAUUUUGUGCAGCUGUUUGUACCAACACCCUGGAAGAUCACAGUCCUGACAAACACAAUGUACCUUUUCAUCGCCCCUGUGGGAUUCAGGGAUGGCAUGGUAGAAAAACAGAUGAACUGGUCAUUGAUUUCUGCACAACAUUAGUUGCAAGCGAUAGAUGUUUCUACCCCCAUCAUUAUUCAAAUAAGACUACUCCUUAUAAACAGUAUCAAACAGCUGGAGAGAAGUACGCUACAUGGGAGAUUACUCCUGAUGCGUCUAAGCUGACAUACUGGAAAUGGUUUGUAUGUCGAUUUCAAAAGCAGCUUGAAGACCACUAUAACUUAAAAUUCCACCGCAGCGGAGAAAUCCCCAGGGAAUGGAGAAUCCACAGUAAUCAAGACGCUAUUGAAAGUUUGGAUGAAAUGUAUAAUCAGCAAUGAGUUAGGAACAUCCAGAUUCCACUCAAAACAACAGAAGCCCAAAUUGUAUUCAGUUUUUAAUUUGUGGGAAGGAGUGCAACAAAAGCAGUAUUGAGGGUUAAUAGUAAAUAGUAAAUAGGGAUCAUUGUGUUUUUGUUACCUUAGAGUGAGCUGUUUUUAUCUACAGACAGCGCGGGCCGUCUACCAUGGAGUGCACCAUGUUUCUACAGUAGCCCAGAACAAUCAAACCAAACACUGGCUUUACAUAGGGGGUUUGCAUUAUAUAUUUGUUUUGUGAAUUUGCAUUUUAUAUUUUACAAGAACAUGAAGUUUUUCUGUCAUUACUUAAAGGAAAAAUGAUUUAAAGGAUGUAAGCUACGAUGUGACUUUUGUUUUUUUUUGUUUUUUUGUUUUUUUCUUAUAUAUGAAAAUACGGUCCAGACAGGGGGCCUGAGAUAGCGCUGGCCACCCCUGAAAUCUGAUUGGCCGCCCCAUUAUUCUUUUCUCUUCCACUCCACACUGUCUUUGAGAGGUUGUAGCGGGUUCAGUUUGACAUUUUUAAGUGAAGAUAAUGGUAACACAUGAAACUACAUGACCUAACACAUCCAACCAUGUCUGGAAGAGGGCUAAGUCACACUCCAAAGUUAUACUGUAAUUAAAAAAAGAUUUUAAAGGGAUCCCUUGACCUCAAUCCUAUAAAGUUUUUUGUAUGUGGUAAAUGUUUUAUUUUCACUUAACGUAUUUGAGUGUUUCUGCACACUGAGGACCAUGAACAGUGUUGGAAUUGCAUAAAUUGGGAAUGACUAUAUAGCUGAGACACAUACUUCAUGCCAGCCCUGCAUAAGUUAGUGCCCCACUUGAGUCUGGAAAGGUCCCUGAAUAGACAUGACAUGAAACGAAAAUGAAAAUACAAAAAUACAGAUAAUGAACGUUUAAUAAACAUCUAUUAUCUGUAUUUUUUUGUAAACCUUUGAGGGGUUUUGAAAGAAUUUCUGUAACAUAACUGACGGUUGACAUAGAAAAUGAGUUAACCUCUGAGCUGUCUCUGUUGUCCAACUAAUCUGAAAGUCAUUUUUUCACAUUUUCAUCUUCAUAUGUUGUUUUGAUUUUGUGUGUUUCCUCAAAGGUCUUUUAAAUAAUUUGAUGAGUUAUGCUUUAUCUUAUGCUUUAGUAUUUGGAGUAUUCAGUAUUAUUAUACACAUAAUAUAAUCUUUAUCUAAUUUUAAAUAAUCACAAAGAAUUGGUUUUGUUGUCAUUGCUACAGUAAACUGAACACUGAACUCUGAAUAAAUAGACCCUUCACAUGGC